CCGUCCCUAGCGGCGGAGAUGGCGGCGACAGCGGCUGAGGCCGCGGCCUCGGGCUCUGGAGAACCCCGGGAGGAGGCCGAAGCCCUUGGCCCCGCCUGGGAUGAGUCCCAACUGCGCAGUUAUAGCUUCCCGACCCGGCCCAUCCCGCGUCUGAGUCAGGGCGACCCUCGGGCGGAGGAGCUUAUCGAGAAUGAGGAGCCUGUAGUACUGACCGACACAAAUCUUGUGUACCCUGCCCUGAAAUGGGACCUGGAAUACCUGCAAGAGAAUAUUGGCAACGGAGACUUCUCUGUGUACAGUGCCAGCACCCACAAGUUCUUGUACUAUGAUGAGAAGAAGAUGGCUAAUUUCCAGAACUUUAAGCCGAGGUCCAACAGGGAAGAAAUGAAAUUUCAUGAGUUUGUUGAGAAACUGCAGAAUGUACAGCAGCGAGGAGGGGAAGAGAGGUUGUAUCUGCAGCAAACACUCAAUGACACUGUGGGCAGGAAGAUUGUCAUGGACUUCUUGGGUUUUAACUGGAACUGGAUUAAUAAGCAACAGGGAAAGCGUGGCUGGGGGCAGCUGACCUCCAACCUGCUGCUCAUCGGCAUGGAAGGAAAUGUGACACCUGCUCACUAUGAUGAGCAGCAGAACUUCUUUGCUCAGAUAAAAGGCUACAAGCGAUGCAUUUUAUUCCCUCCGGAUCAGUUUGAGUGCCUCUACCCAUAUCCUGUGCAUCACCCAUGUGACAGACAGAGCCAGGUGGACUUUGACAAUCCCGACUACGAGAGGUUCCCCAAUUUCCAGAACGUGGUUGGUUACGAAACAGUGGUUGGCCCUGGUGAUGUUCUUUACAUCCCAAUGUACUGGUGGCAUCACAUAGAGUCAUUACUAAAUGGGGGGAUUACCAUCACUGUGAACUUCUGGUAUAAGGGGGCCCCCACCCCUAAGAGAAUUGAAUAUCCUCUCAAAGCCCAUCAGAAAGUGGCCAUAAUGAGAAACAUUGAGAAGAUGCUUGGAGAGGCCUUGGGGAACCCACAAGAGGUGGGGCCCUUGUUGAACACAAUGAUCAAGGGCCGAUACAACUAGCCUGCUGGGAGUCGAGGCCUCCUUCCAGGCGACUGCUAGCCCGUCCACACCGCUUCAUUGAUGAGGACAGGAGACUUCAAGCGCUAGUAUUGCACGCUGCACUUAAUGGACUGGACUCUUGCCAUGGCCCUGGAGGCAGGUGUUUAGGGCAAGGCAGGGUAGUCGGCACCCCACUCCCAUUUGGAGGGACUUCGUACCCUUGCCUCUGUGCCCCAGCAUCCUCUCUCUCUGCCCCCCUAAAGUCCUGCAUUCAGUGUGUGGAGUCCCAGCUUCUGGUUGUCAUCAUGUCUGUGUGUGUGUCUGUCAACCUCGAGGUGUGCGUGCACACAUGUAUGUAUCUGUCCCUUGCUCCCUCCCUCCGGGUCAGGGUGCCACUUCUGGCUCUCAGCCCUAUCUCCUACACCCUCAGUGCCUCAGCCUGAGAGAAAGGAGAUGCUCUUGGACGCCCACUACACCUGGGCUGCAGGGCCAGAGCUGUCCUGACCAUUGGGUCCGUCUGCCUCCUUCCGGUUUUCACAGAGUCCAGCUCUAGGCUGGGCGGGAAUGGCUGCUGGGACUCUAAUGGGGAGAGUGAGAGGGAGGCUUGCCUUUGAGAGCCUAGAUAGCUUCCUCUGAGAGUGAAUUCGACAGGGUUCCAACUUGGACCUUCAAGCUCAAGCCAUACAUAGAAAAGAGCCUUGGGACACAAGAACCAAGGAUUGUGCUUAAGUUCCAAAUUAUAGGCACAUACAGCUUCUCUUUCAGCACCAGCUCUUGCUCCCUGUGCCAGGUACCAAGGGAGUCCUAGCAGUGGCUUCUCUAGGUUCUAGGAGUGCAAGCCUCUGGGGAUGUGUGUGCAAAUGUGUCCACACUGGCCUGCCUCUGUGCUUACCAAGUUUCUCCACUGCUUAACCUUACGCCGUGGGACGUAUAGUGGGAGUGGCAGGGCAGUACCACCUGACCUAGCCUAAAGCUUUUAAACUCAGUUUUAGCCAUUGGAUGUUGGUCAGGUCUCACUGCAGCCUGCCUGAGGCAGACUGGCUAGAACCUCCAGGUCCUAUGACCCGCCCUGCCCAGGUCACAUCCUCCACGUCUGCAGAGCUUCCUGGCUGAGUAGACGAUGUGGGGUGAAGCUUAGGCAGCUGACGCACCACCUGUCAUCCACCUCAUGGCAAGGGCAAAACUGUAGCCUUGCCUCUUAAAGCCAGCACCUACCCCAGACCCCGCUGUACUGUUCCACAAACACCCUCAGAAGUCAGGGCAAUGGGUGGAGCACCGAAGAGGAAUUUCCUUUUCUGUUUGUAGCUACUCGUGGGAACCCCUCUCAGGGCUGCAGCUUACAGCUGGGCAGCUGUGCACUGCACAACUCAAAGGGCCAUCAUUCACAUCUGUUCAGUAGAAGUGGGGCCCCUGGAAUUGGGCACUGUGGUGGCUCUGUGUCUUCUCACCUCCACUCCCAUCUCCAUGCCCCUUCUCUCUGGAAGGAAAGAGGAGUUGGAAGUCUCUGGGUUUAUUUUCUCUUUUUUUUGCCAAAGGUUUACUUCCAGUGUCUGAGCUACAGCUCUUAGCCCCGAAUCUCGGUUUACAGUUUCAGUGCACUGAUGGACUGAGAGGAUGUGUGUAUGCAUGUGCACACCUGUGUGUGUAUUUUGGGGAGGGGUGUUUAUUUUUAGUCCCCCAUUCUGGGGUUCUCUGAUGUAGUGUGGGUGUGCAAACACGGUACCUUCUCAAGUGUAGUUCUUUCAAAUAUAGCCAAUGCUGGACAAUGUGACUGCAGUGAUCUCCAUCCUCCGUCCCUGGGGCAAGAGGAGCACGGCAGAGAAAACAAGGCACACGGCGGAGCAACUUGACCACAGUCACACUUUGAAAGAUAGCAGAUUAUUUUCAUUCUCCUCAACAGAUCUGCUGCAUUCCUGGCUCAGCCCUCACAGAUGUGGGUGAUGUGCGCAGGGAGGCGUGUGCCACUCAGCUAAUCCUUGCUGGAUGCUGUGCUGACAUAGGUCUGACCUAAGGUGACUGAGUGGGAGGGCCCUUCACAGGAUUGGUCCUGAUCCUUGGGUGAUAUAAUAGUGACCCCUGGUUAUUAGACACCCAACAUGGGCCUAGUGUUUUUAUCUUUGUUCCUCACUAUCUUGCAAGGUGGGUGUUCUCAUUUUACAACUGAAGAAAUGGGCUCGGAGAGAGUGAGUGAUAGUGGCAAUCAGGAUUCAAACCUCACUCUGUUUGGCUACAAACCCCCUGCUGCUCCUUUUCCACCAGGCUGUUGAUUGUCCUUCCUUACCUUCUCCCUUGUACUGCAGGCCGUCCUCAGGUCUCACCCCACUGGGCGAUGUUUGGUGCAGGCAGGCUUAGCCCAAGAGGGUGCAGAAGAUACAGCUCAGGCUAAAGACUUGGGGAAACUGCUGGGAAGCCAUGUUAGGAGUUAAGAGUGCUGGAAGGAGCUAUGGGAAAAUGAGUUCUGGAUCCCAUUGCCUUACUUGUGUGUCAUGGAAUAGGUCCCAUAACUUCUCCCAGCAUGCGUCUGCAUCUAUAGAAUUGAAGAUGUAGUUCUAGAUGAUCACUAAGAACCUUGAUUCAUGUUCUGCUGCCUCCUUUUCCCCCAAGGAAGAGAUCAGGGCUCUUCCCUUCACUUACUGGGUUAGGGCUAUUCAGGCUCAAAUUCUACUUGCAACAGAGGAAACAUCUCUGCUCUGUUGUUUACUCCUGUCCUCGCUGACAGCAUAGAGCCAGACACACCCAGGGAAGGUGGGGGGUUAGGCCUGUAUGGAGGUCAGCCACGUUGCAAGCUCCCAUUUUUACCCCAGCAGGUACAAAGGAAACUACUGUUUUGUGAAGUCAAAUAUUUGUUGGGGGGUUGGAGUUUGGGGGAUGGAGGAGGGGCUGUUCUGGGCAUCAGUUGAGCAGAUGCCCAGGAUGCCUGGGGGAGACCAGCUUCCCCUACAAAUCAGAGCUCUAAAUUACAAGGUUUUUACCAACGUGAACAGUUGGGAGAAGUCGUCUGCUCUCAUUUGCGUAAUGGUUUCUGUCACUGGUGAUUAGACACAGGAUGAAGGAAAAGAAAUUUGACAAUUAGGAAUGAGCGAUCAUUAAUCUGAAUCUGUUAGGAGACAGAGAAGGGAAGGAUCCUUAUCAGUGGGCCAGCCCAGUGUGGGGAGACCCUCCCUCUGCCCCCCAGAGACUCUUGAGCCACACACUUUCAUUGUUCCCUCAGGCGGGCUGAGCUGGUAUUUCUUCACAAAGGCUAGGUGGGCCCAGUUCCCAGCCUGAGGUAGAUACAGGAACAGACAUCUACAGGCAUGAGCCAACAGAGAGGUGAAUGUCAAAUGCAAGCGAUAGGGCAAACAAUAACAAUAGUUUUGACAUGUGUAUGCUGUUUGUAGAAAAUGUUUUUGUAAUCAACACUCCACAUAACCACCUGUGACGAGUAUUUAUUAGAUUCCACUGUUGCAAGGUGCAGAGAAAACCUGGUCUUUAUCCUCCAGGAGCUCCUGCUUAGUUGGAGAAGAAACCACACAAAACCACCAGAGGUUAUGAAGCCAUGUAUCAUGCACACUGAGGACUAGAUUCGAGACUGUUGAGAGAGGAGGAAGAUCACUUGAAAGCAAAGCUCUACCUCCGGGCUCCUUCAAGCCCCUGGGCUCCUCAGGGAGGACCUCUUCACCCGAGGCCUCCCAGCGAUGUUGCUUUUUCCCCCUGUCAAUUCAGCUGUAGUUACGUGGAGGGCACUGAGGCCUCUUGCCCAGAUGUGUGGCAAGUGAUGAGAUUAACCAGCAGGCUGAGUCUUAAGGUGUGGAGAGUCCCAACCUGGAUCUUCCCAGAUCUCUUGAGUUACUUCUCAUCCCUCUGUCUCCUCACAUUUCAAGGAUGAUAUUAAUUUGCACCGGUUGGUAUUUUUUCCUCAGUUUUGUGAGUUGUAUCUGGUGGGUUCCUUAGAUCAGAGGCUCCCUCAAGGGUUGGGGGCAGGGGUGUGGUGGUCUUUGUCUCCUCUCAAGGAUUGUGAACUUCUCAUGGUUGGGGCUGUGCUUUUCCCCUUGGUAAAUCCCCACCUCUGAGUAUUUUGCCCUUCAAAAUCCAGAGCAGAGCUUAGUAGGGCUCUGGAAUGCACCUGGAAACUGCUCCUGGGGUUCCAGAGGUCCUGACCUUUCAAGGCGCAUGUCCUCUCUGCUUUUCCUGGCACCUCUCGUGCUUGUCCUCCAGUCCCUGCGCACUUCUCUAGUGUCCUCUCAAUCUGCCUGCUCUACGGAGAUGUUCCAGCUUCCUUUCCAGAGCUCCCCCAGUUUCUCGUACUUAGCCUCCUCCUGCCCAGUCUCUCCAGCAGCCCCUUCACCAAGGUCCUUUUUCCUAACCAGCUGCCCUUUCCUCAGAAGCUCCAUGGCUGCGAGUAUUUGGAUAGACUGUCUAGGAGCCUUCUCCCUGGGGUUGUCCUGUUCAUCUUAGAGUCAUCUUCCUUUUCUGACCUUCGAUAGUUCUGUCUGUUUACCCCAGAUUAGUCCAUUUGUUCUGUGCCGUGCUCUGUUCUUUGCCAUUCGUUUGUCAAUUCGUACAUCCUGGUUUAGCUUUUCUAACUCUGGUGGCCCUUUCUGCUCAUCUUCACUCAGCUCUAUUCGAUCCUCAUAGGUCUCGGGAUCCUCAGCCCUGCUGAGCACUUUGGGUUCUGGGGGACGAGGUCUGAGACCCUGGCAGCCUUGAGGCCCAGGGGCCUGUGGUCAGUGAGGCCUCCAGAGAUGGGUGAGGAGAGAGAACCUAGAGAAUCGUGGACAGUGGAGAGCCAGUGACGGGGGGACUGGGCAAGAAAGGCUCCAGGAGUGGGGCCCGGCUGGGCCUGACAAGCCAGGGUAGAAGACACAAAGUUUUGUUUCCAUCUAAAUCCACCUGUGUCCUUGGGGUCCAGCCGUUCGGGGGUGGUGGGCAUUUUGUGAAUGUCUCCUAAUUUCUCUCAGGUGUCUGGCGAUGCUCUGAGUCACCAGGUUUGGCUGACCUCUGCAUUUCAGCAUUUGCUGGAAGGGAAACAGCAUAUUGAGUAGUCAUAUGUCAGGAGUGGAGGUCUUGGAUGAGAAAGGCCUUGAAAACGAGUGCAGGAGAGAGGGACCCAGUGGUCAGCUUAUACCCAGACUGCCUCUUCACUCCUCCAAGUGUGUACAGUAGGUUAUUAAAGAAGUUAAAAAGCUGGGCCGCCUUCCCCACCUGAAGUCUGGUCGUCAGGUAGUAUUUUGGGAAGGAGCAUUUGUCCUUGAAUUUCCAGUGUGCAACAAUCUAGCGUAGUGUUUAAAAGCAUGGAUUUUGGAGUCAGCCGUCUUUGGUUCAGAUGUCUAGCUUUGCUACUUACCAGCUGGGUUUGACCUUGUUGAUUGACUUCACCUCUCUGAGCCUCAUUUCCUGAACUGUGAUGAUGUGUGUGUCGGGGAAAGGGCGAUGUUGAAAAUAUCUACCUCAGGGAUGUCGGAUUAACUGAAACAAUGUUUGUAAAGCUUUAGCACAGUGCCUGGCAAGCACUUAAUAAAUGGCUGUGGUGGUGGUGGUUAUA